AUGCCAUGCCAUGCUAUCUCCUCGCCCCACGCCCUCGGCGACGCCGACGCAAAGCGCCAGCGCCAGCGCCCGCGCCCGUGCCCACAUACUUUCGUGCUACCUGCCACGACACCAGACUCGUGUCGGUACCUGUCCAACCCGAGAGAGCGAGAGCGAGAUGCGCUGGUUCCUCCCUCCGGCACGAGCAUUGGUCAUCAUUCCUCGCUAUUGUCCUUAUUGUCUCGCUACGACCGGACAGUUUCAUGUCCCGGAUUACGAAUCACAUUUACAUUUACUAUGCCCCGGACGGGAGGCCCUAACCACGAGACAAUGGACAUGAACGUGAACAUGAACGUGAACGUGAACAUGAACAUGCCGGCCCUUCAUCUCGGCCAGCCGUUGACCUAUCAUGGCUAG